AUGCGCACCGAUGGAUGCCCCCUUCGCGUUCCCAGUGCUACUGUACUCACGGCCACUGCGACGUCGGCGCAACCGUCGUCGUCCAAAAACGGUGGCAUCGCGACGACGAUCGGCGGCCGCCGGGCGCUGGCGACGACGCCACGCACCGGCCCGUCGCAGACGACGACCGCAUCGCUCGCUGCCGUCGCCGCCGGCCUGGUCGCAGCCUGCAUCGUCGUGAUCGAGACGUCGGCCCUUGCCCAACCGCCAAAAACCUCGGGCGCGGGCAACGUGCCACCACCGUCGUCGUCGUCGUCGUCGUUGAACGCACCCAUGCACUUGGCGCUCGCCGCGCCUGGCACCGCCUUGACAUCGCCGCCCGCCUUGAACGCGACAUCGUCGUCGGUGGAUGUCGACCACUGGCAGCAAGAGCUCGAGGGGCUCCGAGCUCUCGAAGUCCAAGUUCGCAUCGACUACGCCGACAAGACGGCGCGAACUGCCGAACUGGAGCGCAUCGCGGGUACAAAAGCUGCGAUCAAGCGCCGCCUGCGGGGCCACACUGCCCCUUGA